GGCUUGUGGGCAGAGUUGUCGUACAGUCGAGUCUUUCACGGCGACGCGUCAACAUGCGCGCUCCGCUCCUCUGCUGCGCUCUGCUCACACUUUUACCUUUACCAAACCUCUCCACGUCCAGCGGCAGUGCCAGGCCAAUCAUCGGCAUCCUUUCCCAAGAGGUCAGUAGCUAUGACUCCGAGCCCAAAGCUGAGUCCUACAUCGCAGCCUCGUACGUCAAAUUUGUGGAGUCGGCCGGAGCAAGGGUCGUUCCCGUCAUGAUCAACCAAACCGAAGAGGAAUACAAAGAACUGUUCAACUCUAUCAACGGGCUUCUCUUGCCAGGAGGAGGUGUUAGCAUCGUCACCUCGGGUUACGCCAGAGCUGCUAAGAUAUUUUACAACUUUGCUAUUGAGGCCAACAAGAGAGGAGACUACUUCCCGAUCUGGGGCACUUGUCUGGGCUUUGAGCAGCUGGCCUAUCUGACCGCGCAGAAACCCAUACUGGUGAACACGGAUACGACCAAUGUGUCUCUCCCGCUCAACUUCACGAAUGAAGCCAGUGGGAGCCGCAUGUUUAAGGAUUUCCCAGCGGAAGUGAUGCAGAUGCUGGCAACAGAGGACCUGACCGAAAACUCACACAUGUGGAGUGUAUCAGUGGAGACUUACAACACCAAUGACGAUCUGAGGAAGUUUUACAAAGUGCUGUCCACAAAUACAGAUGGGAAAAUAGAGUUCAUCUCCACAUGGGAAGCAUAUGAUUAUCCAAUUUAUGGCGUCCAGUGGCAUCCGGAGAAGAAUCCGUUUGAAUGGACCAGACCGUAUUAUGUCCACACCUCCAACGCCGUCAGAGCCACGUUUUACUUCGCUCACUUCUUUGUCAAUGAAGCCAGGAAAAGCUUGCACUCAUUUGAAAGCGAAGAAGCGGCAAGAAAGUUAUUAAUCUAUCAUCACAGUCCCAUCUACACUGGGGACAACAGAGCAUUUGAACAAAUAUACUACUUUUAAUGUCAACGUUUGUUAUUAUGAAGCCAGUAGAAGAUCUCAUGUUGUCUAAAGGGACCAAAUGACUUUUAAUUUAAGCUUGUUUUAUCGUGACAACGCUGAAUAAAUGUUAGAUUUUUUGCCACAGAACAAA